CCUGGCUUAGCUCAAAACUUCACAAUAAUAUAAACAAAAAAAAACUUUCUCUUCGAACACAGAUUAGAAAAGAAUCCUAAUGUUGUUUCUACAAUUUAUAUUCCAACUAACAAUUUCAAGUGUAACUGUUGUAUUAUGUUGGUAUCCCGAUUAUGAGGUACCAGGCGGCCAGAGUUAUCAUGGAGUGCAUAACGGUAUGGAGUAUGCAAAAAGCUUCGAGAAUGAGUGGACCGUGCAGGUGGACGGCGGGGAAGAGGUGGCUCAGCUGAUCGCCGUCGAACUGGGAUAUGUUUAUGGAGGGCCGGUGAUCGGUUUCCCGAACACAUACUCGUUCAUUCGCUACGAACACAGCAAACAGAGGCGUGCGCCUAGCUCGCACACAGAGGCGCUGACCAACGAUAGGAGGGUAAAAUGGGCCGAACAACUAUUCACAAAAUCUCGAGAGAAACGUUAUACAGUGCCCGACCCGGACGCAACAAUCAAGCGAAUGAAGAGAGUCGAAGUAUUUGAUAAUAUUAAUAAUGCUACAGACGGAAGAGAAAAAAGAGAUAUAAAGGGAAAUAAUAAACCAUUGUUCAAUGACGAGCUGUGGAGCCAUGAGUGGUAUUUGCAAGACACCCGAACAAUGGCCAAUCUACCCCGUCUAGACCUCAACGUGUUGCCUGUGUACGCGAUGGGCUACAAUGGCCACGGCGUCCGUCUCUCUAUACUCGACGACGGCAUCGAGCACAACCACACCGACUUGCGGGAGAACUACGAUCCAGAAAUUAGUUGGGACUGCAAUGACCGUGAUUCGGACCCUACGCCGAGAUAUGAGCAACCGAUGCGAAAUUCACAUGGAACACGUUGUGCCGGGGAAAUAGCAAUGACUGCUAACAAUAGAAAAUGUGGAGUGGGCGUGGCUUGGGGGGCCAAAGUGGGCGGGAUUCGUAUGCUGGACGGCCGAAUCACUGACCGGAUUGAAGGAGAAGCGAUAGCUUACGCGUGCGAUAAGGUGGAUAUCUACAGCGCGUCAUGGGGCCCUUAUGACAACGGACGCACGGUGGAAGGACCGGGGCGCCUCGCGACAGAAGCGUUCAAGCGAUGCGUAACUGAGGGUCGCGGCGGCAAAGGCGCGAUAUACGUAUGGGCCAACGGGAAUGGUGGCGGAAAUCAUGACAAUUGCAACUGUGAUGGGUACUCAUCUAGCAUCUACACAAUAUCGAUAGGUAGUGCUUCUCAGCAGGGCCUGUUUCCUUGGUAUGGAGAAACGUGUUCAUCUACGUUAGCCGUUGCCUACUCUUCUGGUGCCUACAAAGAUCAGAAAAUUGCGACUACUGACACGGGUGAUUCAUGCACACUCAAGCAUUCCGGUACGUCGGCGGCUGCACCACUAGCAGCCGGGAUCAUAGCUCUCGCUCUACAAGCGAAUCCGAAUUUAACAUGGCGAGACGUUCAACAUUUGGUUGUUUGGACUUCCGAAUAUGCACCACUCUCUGCAAAUCCAGGCUGGCAAAUAAACGGCGUUGGUUUACGUUUCGAUGUCCGUUUUGGAUUUGGACUGCUAAACGCUGGUGCUCUCGUGUUAACAGCGCUCAACUGGACUACAGUCCCUGAAAAGCAUAUUUGCAGCGUCGGAGCUUCGCCUCUGAGUGAAGAAGAAGCCCGUUUUAGCUCAAAGGAACCUAUUGCGAUAAUCAUUAAAGUAGAAAAUUGCAUAGUGAACUACAUAGAACACGUGGAACUGAUAGUAAACAUCCAAUACACGCGCCGCGGAGCUCUAGAGUUGUAUUUGAUAUCGCCACAAGGUACCAGAAUCCAAGUGCUCAGUCCACGUCCUGUGGAUUCCUCCACCGCUGGAUUCGUCAAUUGGCCUCUGACGUCAGUAGCCACGUGGGGAGAGAACCCCAAUGGAGUGUGGACAGUGGUUAUUCAGGAUAAGACGGGAGCUAAAAACAAAGGGAUAUUAGGCCACACCAGUCUAGUCCUUCACGGUACGCAUGAAAUGCCGGAUCACAUGAAGAAUGGUCCUAGAAAUUACAACUACAGCUACAAUUAUCAAGAAGUGUUCGACUACUUCGAUAAUAUCGAUAGUGACGACCAAGAUACGGUAACUGGUGACAACAAUGUCGCGGAAUCACCAGAGACGCAUAACAAGGAGAAACUCAUCGAUGCCAAUAUCGAUUCCAGCAUUUUGAAUGAAGUUGAAAACGAACUCUUCAGAAUACACCACAGGAAUAAUGACAUGUCCAAUUUUGGUUUUGGAAUAUAAUGUUUCGGGUUUGAAAAUAAUUUUUAGUGAAUUUAUUAUUAUUUAGUUUGGAGUUGCACUUUAUACUAUUUUAGUUUUAAUAACAAUCUUUUUUACCCCUGAUUUUUUAUAAAUCUCAGUUCAAUUUAUUAAGUAUAUACCUAAUGUAAUUGUUACUAAAUACACUUUUUACUCUAAGAUUAUAAUUAAUUUUACUUACUUUGAAUAAAAUGUAAUUGUUAUUUUUAUUAUGUGAUCAGACCUUUAGUAAAUUAUAUCAAAAAAUGUGUCUUGAAGCGUAGAUUAUAACAACCUUUAUCUACAAUAUAAUCCACAUUUAAUGUGACAGUAACAUGUUAAUAUAUCAAAUCUAUAGCUUUGGUAUUACUUACAUAGUAAUGACAGUAUAGUAGAUAGUAACUUGUACAAGUAAACCAAUAUUUAAAAAAAAUGCAUGUGAAUAAAAUCUGGUUUAUGAAUUACUUUAUAAUGCAAAUUAUACCUACAAACAACGUAAC